AUGUUAAUUUUAUUAUUUAUAUCAUCAUUAAUUGGGCUGACUUCAGCUCAUAAGUGGACAGAUCAGCUUGUGCUUCAAAAUAUUUCUGCAACGUGUUAUAAUGAUACAAAAACUUGGCUCAACUCUUUGGAACUUUUUGGAUUAGUCUCAACAGAAUGUCUAGUUUCGAAAAACUGUACAUCACAAGAGUUGGCUAUUUUGAAGGAUAAUCUUUAUGCGGUUCAACGUGAGUUAAUUACUUUAAUUUUCGAAACUUUAUAAUAGAUAUUUCCAAACAUUAACUUACAACAUGUAAUUUUCUAUUUAUGAUAUCAUUUUCAGAAUUAGACGCAUUUGGAAAGUUUCCAGUUGCUGGAAUUCUUGAAGCUACAGUUCUUUUUGAUGGAAGUUAUCAAGAAUGUCAAAGAAUAAGUGAUGUUCGUUAUAAAACGAACUAUUGUUAUCUAGUGAUCAAACAACAACCUUUUCCUGUGCCUCUUCGAUCAGCUAUUUGUAUGCCUUAUUCUUGCAAUAGUCAAGACCUGGUAACUAUUUUCAAUGGAUCGUUUUAUGAUGUGGAAGCCGCUUUUUGCACAGAAUAUGAAGUUGAAAAGGAUACGGCGUUUUGGGUUUACACAGGUUUUUUGAUUGCUAUAGCCAGUAUUGUUAUUCUUGCCUCAUUUCUUGAUUAUUUGAUACCCGCUGAAAAAAAGAAAACAAAUAUAUUCGCAAGAAUUUUGGGUUCAUUUUGUCUUUGGGAAAAUGCUUCUCAAAUUCUAUCCGUAAAAGAACAGAAAUCUGGAUUUAUCAAAUCACUUGAUUGUAUUCGUGGUUUAUCAAUGGCUUGGGUUGUAGCUGGUCAUUCUGUAUUAUAUUUUCUUCCACCAACUAAUCUUCUACCACUUAUUUAUAUUUAUAAUAAUGUUUGGCAUCAUUUAAUUUUCAAUGCAAUUCUAUCAGUUGACACAUUUUUCUUGAUUUCUGGAAUUGUUGUUUCAUAUAUGUUUUUCAAACAAAAACUUAAACUUGAAGUUAUGAAAAGUCCAGUGACGUGGAUCAUGUUUUAUGUUCAUCGUUUCCUUCGGUUAACUCCUCCAGUCAUGUUGUUUAUUGGAUUUUUCACAGUCUAUUCCGUUUAUAUUCAAGGACCAGCUUAUUCUUCACUAGGAAGUGAGUUUUGCUUUUAUACUGUAGAUUUGUUCUAAAUAUCUAUAUCAUUUUCAGAUCCACAAAUUGGCCAAGCUGACGCAUGUAAAACCCUCUGGUGGCACAAUUUACUUUAUUUUAAUAAUUUCGACAAUCAAGUGACUGGUCAAACUUGUUAUGGAAUAACUUGGUAUCUUGCAACUGACUUUCAAAUAUAUUUAGUUGCUCCAAUUUUCAUUAUUGCUUUUUAUAUUUCCUUUAAUAUUGGGUUAAUUAUAACAACUCUUGGAUGUUUGGCAAGUGUAAUUACAACUUAUGUUAUGUUCAGUCUUUAUGAUAUGCCAGCGGAUGGAGAUUUUAGACAAAAGUGAGUCAAACUAACUAAUUAUUUAUUGUUAGCAAUAUUUCAUAUUUUCAGUGGUAAUGAUAAUUUUUUCUUGAUUCUGUAUCAAAAACCAUGGAUUCGAUGUCCUCCAUAUUUUAUUGGAAUACUUGUUGGAUAUAUUUUGACAAUGAGAAAACCUAGAAUCCCGUGGGCUGUUGCUAUUUUUGGUUGGCUCACUGCUUUUGGAAUUGCUUGUGCUUGUCUUUUCAUAAAUUAUGAUUAUGACAAAGGUUCUUAUUGGAGUUGGCCAAUUCGAGCAACUUUUUAUAAUUUUUCUCGAAUUGGUUGGUCAUUUUCAGUUAGUUGGGUUAUUUAUGCAAAUCAUUUUGGAUACGGUGGACCUGUUAAUAAUUUCAUGUCACAUCCAAUUUGGCAACCUUUUGGUAGACUUUCUUAUUGUGCUUAUAUUGUUCAUUGGAUGGUUUUGAGUUAUUAUUUCAAUUUAGGAGAACGUCCACUUUUCUAUGUAUCAUUUUGGCAAAUUGUAAGGUUGAAGUUGUAUACUAACAGUCCAUUUUAUAAUCAUUUUUUCAGUUUUUAUAUUACGCAAUUCCAAUCACACUUCUUUCAUUUUUUGUUGCAUUUUUUGGAGCAGUAUUUUCGAAGUUAGCACUGCAAAACUCGAAAAAAUGUUAUUUGAUUCAAUUCUUGGAAAUAACAAAAAACGAAAACCCGAACCCGUUUCUGAAGAUGUUACAAAUAAAAAUUGGGAAUAAUCUCUCUUUAUUUGUAAAUUUUCUUUGAUAUGAACUCUGAAUAAACAAUUAUUGAAAAACUUGCAUGAAUAAUAUUUUUAAUGUGUCUAACUUUUUGUGAAAAAUGCGAUCGUUUUGUGAAUUUUAUUUUGUCGUUAACUCUUUUUAAAGCCGACAUUCUGCAGUUUCAGACCUCAAAAUCUCUUAUCAAUUUUUCAAAUGCUUAAAAAGGGAAUGAGUGAACGAACAUUUUGUUGAAAAUGUUUAUUUUUAUAGUUUUAUCAAAUAUUGGUCUAAUUUUUGCUCACGAAUGGACAGAAAAUCUUGUUCUUCAAAAUAUUUCUACAACUUGCUACAAUGACACAAAAACUUGGUUAAAUUCUCUAGAACUUUUUGAUUUUAUUUCUUCUGAAUGUUUGAUUAUGAGAAACUGCACAGCUGAAGAAUCAGUUGUUCUUGAAGAACAUUUUUAUGCAGUUCAACGUAAGUCAUGAAUUAUCGCUUGAAAAACAGUAUAUUUUUAUUUAGAACUCGACGCAUUUGCAAAAUUCCCAUCUGGGAUACUUGAAGGUAUUCUUUCAAUCGAUGGAAGUUAUCAAGAAUGUCAGAGAAUCAGUAAUAUUCGAUAUAAGACUAAUUAUUGUUAUCUUAAGAUACAACAAGAACAAUUACCUAUAUCUUUCAAAGUAGCUGUUUGUAUGCCUUAUUCAUGUGAUAAUCAAGAUUUGAUUACUAUGUUCAAUGAUUCUUUUUUCGACGUGGAAGACACAUUUUGUUCGGAAUUUGAAGUUGAGAAAGACACUACGUUUUGGGUUUACACAGGUUUUCUGAUUGCUAUAGCCAGUAUUGUUAUUCUUGCCUCAAUUCUUGAUUAUUUGAUACCCGCUGGAAAAAAGAAAACAAAUAUAUUCGCAAGAAUUUUGGGUGCAUUUUGUCUUUGGGAAAAUGCUUCUCAAAUUCUAUCCGUAAAAGAACAGAAAUCUGGAUUUAUCAAAUCACUUGAUUGUAUUCGUGGAUUAUCAAUGGCUUGGGUUGUAGCUGGUCAUUCAGUUUUAUUUUUCUUCCCAUCAGCAAACCGUAUUCCACUUCUCUAUGUUUAUGACAAUAUUUGGAAUCAUAUGAUUUUCAAUGCUAUUCUAUCAGUUGACACAUUUUUCUUGAUUUCUGGAAUUGUUGUUUCAUAUAUGUUUUUCAAACAAAAACUGAAACUUGAAGUUAUGAAAAGUCCAGUGACGUGGAUCAUGUUCUAUGUUCAUCGUUUUCUUCGUCUAACUCCUCCAGUCAUGUUGUUUAUUGGAUUUUACACCGUUUAUUCCGUAUAUAUUCAAGGACCAUAUGAGGCUUCGAUUGAAAGUAGGUUGAACUAUUUAUUUUUAGAGAAUUCAAAUGUCUGUUGAUUUUCUAUAUUGUAGAAAUAAUGUAUUUUUACAGACCUGCAAAUUGCACAGAGCGAAAUGUGUAAACAAUUCUGGUGGCACAAUUUACUUUAUUUCAACAAUUUUGACAACCCAAUAAUUGGUCAAACUUGUUAUGGAAUAACUUGGUAUCUUGCAACUGACUUCCAAAUAUAUUUAGUUGCUCCAAUUUUUAUCAUCGCUUUUUACAUAUCUUUCAAUAUUGGAUUAAUUGUAACAACUCUCGGAUGUUUGGCAAGUGUAAUUACAGCUUAUAUCCUGUUCAGUAUUAAUAAUAUGACAGCUGAUAUAAAUUUUCAACAUGGGUGAGCAAAUAAUCUUAUUCAUUUACUGAAAAUUUUAUUUUUAGUGGAAUUGAUAAUUUUUUCUUGAUUAUGUAUCAAAAACCAUGGAUUCGAUGUCCUCCAUAUUUUAUUGGAAUUAUUGUUGGAUAUAUUUUAACAAUGAAAAAACCUCGAAUCCCGUGGGCUGUUGCUAUUUUUGGUUGGCUCACUGCUUUUGGAAUUGCUUGUGCUUGUCUUUUCAUAAAUUAUGAUUAUGACAAAGGUUCUUAUUGGAGUUGGCCAAUUCGAGCAACUUUUUAUAAUUUUUCUCGAAUUGGUUGGUCAUUUUCAGUUAGUUGGGUUAUUUAUGCAAAUCAUUUUGGAUACGGUGGACCUGUUAAUAAUUUCAUGUCACAUCCAAUUUGGCAACCUUUUGGAAGACUUUCUUAUUGUGCUUAUAUUGUUCAUUGGAUGGUUUUGAGUUAUUAUUUCAAUUUAGGAGAACGUCCACUUUUCUAUGUCUCAUUUUGGCAAAUCGUGAGUUGAAAAUAAGAGUUUUAAAGUCAAUUUUUUAUAGUUUUUAUAUUACGCGAUACCAGUCACCUUUAUCUCAUUUUUCGUGGCGUUUUUCUGGAGUUGUAUUUUCGAAGUUAGCACUGCGAAACUCGAAAAAAUGUUAUUUGAUUCAAUUCUCGGAGAUAACCAGAAACCAAAACCUGAAUCAGUUGUUGAAGAUACGAAUAAGACAUGGGAAUAA